CCCCCCGCUCUACCCAGGAGGCAUUUUGUAAGUUGUCUCUCCGGAGAGGAACACACAGGUGGUUACAGACGCUUCUGGGGGGAGAGAAAGGGAAGAAACUUGGAGUCAGUGUGUCCGAGCGCAGGCAGCGGACCCCGGCCGGGAACAACCCCCCAGGCCGGGGCUGGGCAGGCUGUCACUUCGGGAUCUGCUCUAAAUUCGAGAGGCCCUUUCACUUGGGCGGGCGAGUUGCUCCACUGCCAUGCCGGGGUUCUGGAUCCUCCUGUCUCUGAUAUUCACAUUGAUUGCUGGAAACGAUAAUGCCGGAGCGACUGCCAUCAACUUUGAAGGGUCAAAAUUGAGGAGGAAUAUUACAAAAAGGGAUUAUAGAUGCGGGGAAGACCUGCAUCUUGCAUCCCAAAAUCAUGACAGCCACCUGUGCUGUCAGUUAUGUCCUGCUGGCACAUGGAAAACUGCUGACUGCAAAGACAAUGAAGGACACCCUAGCUGUACGCCCUGCAAAGAAGGGCAGGAGUACACAGAAGAGAAAAAUUAUUUAGAUUACUGCCGCAGAUGUGACUUUUGUGAUGAAGAACAUGGCUUAGAAGUGGAAAAAAACUGUACCCGAACCCAGAAUACCAAGUGUAGAUGUAAAGCAAACUUUUUUUGUAACGGUUCUUCAUGCGACCUCUGUGAACCUUGCAUCACGUGUGAACAUGGAAUCAUUGAGAAAUGCACACCAACCAGUAACACUAAAUGCAAAGGAAAAGAAUCUGGAUCUAACUUACCGUGGUUACUGUGCCUCCUGGUGAUUCCAAUAAUUCUUGCAAUAAUUUGGGGGUGGUUGAAAUAUAAAAAGGGCAAUGCAGAAACCCCUGAGAAGUCUAAAUCUACUGAAAUGGAACCACUGAAUUUCAGAGAUGUUGACUUGAGUAAAUAUAUCACUUCUAUUGCUGAACUAAUGACACUAAAUCAAGUUAAAGAAUUUGUUCGAAAGAAUGGUAUGAAAGAACCCAAAAUGGAUGAGAUCAAGAAUAACCAUCCUCAAGAUACAGCUGAACAAAAAGUCCAACUGCUCCGGAAUUGGUAUCAACAUCAUGGGAAGAAAGGCGCGUACGAUGCUUUGAUUAAAAGCUUACCAAAAGAUAUUGCAGAAAAAGUUCAGGAUAUGGUUCAAAAGGACAUUACUAGUAAUGAUGAAAACGCAGACUUCAAAAGCGAAAAUGAACGACAAAGCAUGGCCUAGAGUGAAAAAGAACUCAGUUCUGAGUAUGCGUAGUUAAUAGAAAGAAAAGUAGUGUUUGGAUAAGUUUGUAAUAGCUGAGGGCUGUAAAUAUUGCAUGGCUUUUUACUCAGUGUGUUUUAUUUUUUCAUUCAUUAGAUUUGUAAACCUAAUAUGUUUACAGGUUUUAAGAAUCUAAUGAUUCUGCCUUCAGGGAUGUUUAAAACCUAGUUGAGAAGACAGACAUCGUCAAGAGAACGUGCAGUGGCAUGUUAAAUACAUAGGAGUGUGCGCAAAGGACAAUUGCUGGGAUUAUGCUCUACUGUCUAAACCCUGGUGGGGUAGUGGUUAGGUGCUACGGCUGCUAAGCAAAGGCUCGGCAGUUUGAAUCUGCCAAGUGCUCCUUGGAAACUCUAUGGGGCAGUUCUACCCUGUUCUAUAGGGUCGCUGUGAGUCAGAAUCUACUCUACAGCACUGGGUUUGGUUUGGUUUUGGUUUUAUCUAAAGUAUCUAAAUUAUGGAGCCCUGGUGGCGCAGUGGUUAAGAGCCCUGGUGGCACUGCUAACCAAAAGGCUGGGAAUUUGAAUCCAACAUUCACUCCUUGGAAACCCUGUGGGGCAGUUCUACUCUGUCUUUUGGGGUCUCUAUGAGUCGGAAUCGAUUUGAUGGCAACAAGUUUAUCACAACCUAGGAAACCCUAUGGGCAAGUUCUACUCCAUCAUAUAGGAUUACUAUGAGCCAGAGUCAACUCAAUGGGCACACAACAACAAAGUACAUGCACACACACACAAAUAUAAAUAUGAUCAAGUCAUAUAUGCUUGUAACCUGCUUUUCACUCAAGAGUGGGUGGUGGACAUUUUCCAUGUUAAUAAAUAUAAUAAAUAAAUAAAUAUAGAUACAUAAUAAUUCCUUUUUGGGGGGUGUAUGGUAUUUUACUAUUUGGAGAUACCAUAUUUUAUUAAUAUAUAAUGUCAUAAUUUAUUUUGCUAAAUACAAAUGUUACACAGGAAUGUGAAGAUAUUUAUCCACUAUGGGCCAUUAGCAAUUUGUUUCUUACUUGAUUUUUGUUUAACCUUAAAAACACAAUGAAGAGGCACAAGGACGCAAUGACUUAGAAAGCAUGUACUGCUAGGAUGGCAGGCUCAGGUGAAUGUAGUGCUCCUAGGUGGCCAGGGAAGGGGAGGCUCCAGACAAAGCUAGAAGGAGAGCAGACUGAUGCUGAAAAUUUACUUUUCCAGGUAGCUAUAUUUGGGUCAGAGCCCUGGUGGUGCAGUGGUUAAGAGCUCAGCUGCUAACCAAAAGGUUGGCAGUUCAAAUAUUUGGGUCAGCCCUGCCUGAGACUUUCCAGCCCUGCCUGGAAACAGAACAACCAGAAUGGAAAUAAUGAGAAUGCUGACACAUUGUAAAAAGUGUAACCAAUGUCACUGAGUAGAAUGUAUAGAAACUGUUAAAUUAGAACCGAAUUUGCAAUGUAAAUUUUCUCCAAAAUCACAAUAAAAUAUUUUUUAAAAACUACAACUAGCAUCACAAUUAAUGGGGAAGGAUUGAAAAUACAUUACCUGAAUAGUCCUUUCAAAGCUUCUAUGAACUGGGUUCUGAUAUCCUAAUUUUACGGAUGUCGAUUAACUUGUCCAAAGGCACACAACCAGUAAAGGUUAAAGAAUCCUAAAAAACUAACAGCCUGUUUUCAAGCAAAAUUGCAACCUUUCAAAGUUUUACUUGGAUUCUAAAAUUAGUCUAACUGCCCCUGACCUUGAGCUUUGCUUUUUGAUAAAAUAGAACAUAAGCAGCAACUUUAAGAUGUCUGACACCAAAAAAUCUCAGAUUCACUCUGGAGGUUUCAUCAGACAGUUCAUCAAAGACAUAGUUUGGGAGGUAUGAUUGGAGGGGAGUAAGGAUGAGGUUAUUGGACCAGGAUUAGCCUCAUUUACGUGUUCAUUCAUUCAUUCGAUAAAUGCUUACUGCAUUUCUACGCUGCACUGUGUCUCAUGAGCCAAAAUAAACACAUUUACCUCCAGCCUACAGUCUAGAGACAAACAUUAAUGGAAUGGUGAUGCGAUCCAAUGCUAAAUCACAACUGUGACGGAAGCUAUUAGAAGAAAAGAUAGAGGGUAACAUGACAGGAAGAUUGGACCUAGUGUGCGAGGUCAGGAAAGAGACCAAUGGUCUGAAAUCUGAAGGAAGGAAAAGCGUGCAAAAGUCUCCAUGGCAGAAGCGAGCAUACAGAGCAGAGAGAAGGAAGGAAGGGCAGUGUGGCUGAGCAGGGAGACCAAGGCCAGCCAGGCAACCUGGGCUGGUGGGAGGUGCUAACUGUGGCACUUACCAUGCAACAGCUUGGGGAUUUCUCCAUUUGAGACAGGGGAGGGGCCCAUGAAGAUUUCUAAAACCAAGGACCAGUCAGUAAUUGGCAAUUUGCAUAGAUGCCUGGGGUGGCUUAAACAGAUUUUUAGUUAUUUUGAGGGCUGAUUGUUUUAUGUCUAUCUGGCCAAACAACACUGGGUGUUUCGGGUUUUCUGGACAGUCUGUGGUCUGUAUGAUGUGUCUGCUCAAUGAUAGGCUCUAAGAUAAUUCUGUGUGAGUUUGCAGAGGUCAGUGUGGUGAAGUGGAAAGGAGGAAAGGAGUCCCCUCAUCUCUGCAUACUCCUGGGAAUGGGGGCCGAGGGCAUGUCCCACUCCCUGAUACUGAGAUAAAACCUUGGCCCUGGGAUGUUCCACACCCACCUUUACCCUCCUCCCCACCCCCGCCAUCAGGGAGAACUUGAGGACAGGCUUAUGUCUCAUUCAUACUGUGUGCCAGCGACUAGCACUGCCAGGCCCACGUGCUCCAUAAAUGUGUAGGGAACAGUUGAAAGGAUCACCUCUACAGGCACCUUCCCAUCUGUACAGAGGAGAAAAAGAGCAAACAAGAAAGGAAUUGGGGGAGGGAAGCCAACACGGUGCCCUAAACUGACACACUAUGCUGUCCCACUGCAGCAAAGACCUAAAAAACUAAGUAAAACAGAUAUAAUCAUCAAUCCUGGAAUCCUAAGCAUCUAAUGAAAGGAUAAAGAUCAAACUAGAUCAAACAUCAAAUGGAAGAAAAAACUGAUGAAAAACAGAGAACGAGGAAACAUACAGAGUGGUGGUCCCCUGCCAACUAACAUAGUGCAGUGACCCUGGACAGGGAGUAUGGGAAGGCACCUUCAUGGACAUCCCAAUGGGAGACAGAGCACCCAGUAACCAGAGAAACAUGCUUUCCCACUCCUCACCUUUCUGCCCCAUAUACCACCUGACCCCCCUUCUCACCUGCCCCCAGGUUCACCCUGCCCCCAUCCACCAGCUACCCUUUUAUUUUUCCUUUCUCUCUUUUAUUUUCUUUCUACCCCUCACCUAGCCUCACAUACCACCUCCCCCUUCUUGCCAGCACCCAUCAUACUGCUGUAGCUAGAAUGCCCCCAGUACUCAAGCCCACUGCCACACCAGGCCUGCACCACUCCUCUCCUCCUGCCAACCAACCAGCUACUGAAUGGACAGACGUGAGCCUGUACCACACCCCUUCCAACACCCCUGCCCAUCUGGCAAGGGUCUGUGAACAUUCCCGCACUGCUGAACCAACAUCAGGAGGCAGACAGCACCCACACAGUCCACUCUCAGUCACCUCACCAAACCAGUGUACAACUAAGUGGGUUCACCCUGCUGCUGCUGCCCUACCCACCUGGACAAAGUGGUGAGAACUAUCAUGCCCACAGAUGAGCAAGCAGCAAAGCAUGCCUGGCCUACAUGCUCUGAGAUAUCAAAACAAAACAAAAAAGCAGAACAAAACAGAAGAAUGCCAAUAAAUAAAGAAAAUAAUAUCUUAAUGUCUCAGAGAGAGCAGACAAUAUCAAAACAUAUAAAAAAGCAGCACAAGAUGGCUCCAGCAAGUGAUCAAAACAAAGAAAACCCUCUGGUAGAAGAAAAGGCAGUGGAACUACCUUAUAUGGAAUUCAAAAGGCUAAUAUUUAGGGCUCACCAAGAGAUUAGGAAAAAGGUAAAAAAAAAAACAACACAGAUAAAACCAAGGAAAAAAUAGACAAAGCCAUGGAAAACACAGACAAAACUAACAAAAACAUAGCCAAAAUCAGGGAAAGCACAGAAAAAGCAAUAGAGGAAUUCAGGAAAAUAUACAAGAAUAAAACAUAAAAAUAAAUAAAUAAUUAGAAAUCAUACAAAAACAGGAACUAGAAAUCCAAAAGAUAAACAACAAAGUUUCAGAAACGGACAACUCAAUAGAAGGUUUUAGGAGCAAAUUUGAAACAACAGAAGACAGAAUUAUCAAGAUUGAAGACAAAUGCAUGGACACCACUUUUUUGAGGAAAAAUCAGAGAAAAGAAUGAAUAAAACUUAAGAAUUAUGUGGGACACAACUAAGAGCAAAAAUUUGCCUGUGAUCAGAGUUCCAGAACAGGGGGAGAAAAUGGAAAACACAGAGAAGAUUGCUCAAGAUUUGCUGGCAGAAAACUUCCCAAAUAUGAAAGAUGAAAAGCUGACCAUCCAAGAAGCUCAGUGAACCAUAUAUGUGAUAGACCCCAAAAGAAAGUCACCAAAACAUAUCAUAAUCACACUUGCCAUAACCAAAGACACAAAGAAUCCUGACAGCAGCUCAAGAAAAAUGAAAAAUCACUUACAAAGGGAAAACAAGAAAACUAAGCUCUGAUUACUUGGCAGAAACUGCACAGGCAAGAAGGCAAUGGGAUGACAUAUACAAAAUCUUUAAAGGAAAAAAACUGCCAACCAAGAAUGAUAUAUCCUGCAAAACUCUCUCUCAAUAUGAUGAUGAAAUUAAGACAUUUCCAGAUUAACAGAAAUUAAGGGAAUUUGUAAAAACCAAACUUACAAGAAAUAUUAAUGGAAGUCUUUCAAUUAGAGACCAACCACAUCGGACAACAACUGAAGUCUAGGACACAGGACAGCAUCAGUCAGAUACCAACCUAGGUAAAGAACUCUCAAUAAUAAAACAAAGCUAAAUGACCUAAAACAGGGAGAAAGAGACAUCAAUCUGUAAAUGAUGACAAUAUCAAAACAAUAAAAGAGGGAAUAGAUGGAGUAGGUAUAGAACUUUCAAAUGGAAAAGUAGUCAAGGCAAUAUCAACUAAUAAAAUACUGGUUCAAACUUAGGAAGAUAUGGGUAAAUAUCAAGGUAACCAUGAAGAACGUUAACAAAUCUUCAGAAGAAAAACACAGACUCAGUAAUAACGAAAGAAAAGAAAAGAAAAUCCCCAGACAAAAGGAACCCAGCACAGGAGAGUAAGAGGAACAAAGAAAACAUCAACACCACACACACACACAAAAAGACAAUAUGACAAUAAACUCAAACUUAUUGAUAAUCACACCAAAUGUAAGUGGCUUAAAUGCACCUGUAAAGUGACAAAGAGUGGCAGAAUGGAUAAAAAACAUGACCCAUCAAUAUGCUGUCUACAAGAGAUACACCUUAGACAAAAAUAUAGAUAAAUUAAAAAUCAAAGAACGGAAAAAAUACAUCAAGCAAACAGUAAUCAAAAAAGGGCAGGAAUGGUAAUACUAAGCACAGAUAAAAUAGACUUUAAGGCAAAAAUCAACCACAAAAGACAACAAAGGACAUUAUAUGAUGAUUAAAGGGAUAAUCCACCAAAAAGACAUACCUUAAUAAAUAUCUACGCACCCAACAACAGGGUUCCAAAAUACAUUAGACAAACUCUAACAGCACUGAAAAGUGAAAUAGACAGUUCCACAACAAUAGUAGGAGACUUCAACACACCACUGUUGGUAAAAGACAGAACAUCUAGAAAGAAACUCAACAAAGAUACGGAGAAUCUAACCAACUUUACCUCACGGACAUACAUAGAACACUUGACCCAACAGCAGCAAAGUGUACAUUCUUUUCCAAUGCGCGUGCAACAUUCUCAAGAAUAGACCAUAUUUUAGGCUACAAAGCAACCCUCAAUAAAGUCCAAAACAUCAAUAUAAUACAAAGCAUUCUCGCUGAUCACAAUGCCACAAAAGUAGAAAUUAAUAACAGGAAGAAGGAAAAAAAAAAUCAAAUACAUGGAAACUGAAUAACACCUUGCUUAAAAACAGCUGUGUAACAGAAGAAAUCAAAGAGGGAAUCAAGAAUUUUGUAGAAUCAAAUGAUAAUGAAAACACACCAUAUCAAAACCUUUGGGACACAGCAAAGACUGUGUUCAAAGGUCAAUUUAUACCAAUAAACACACACAUCAAAAAAGAAUAGACUGAAAUGAAAAUGCUAAUCCUACAACUUGAACGAAUGCAAAGAGAACAGCAGAAGAAGCCCACAGGCGCAAAAAGAAAGAAAGUAAAAAUUAUAGCAGAAAUAAAUGAAUUAGAGAACAGAAAAACAAUAGAAAGAAUCAACAAGACCAAAAGUUCGUUCUUUGAAAAGAUCAACAAAACUGACAAACCACUGGCCAAACUGACAAAAGAAAAACAGGACAGGAGCAAAUAACACAAAUACGAAAUGUGAUGAGGGACAUUACAACAGACCCAACUGGAAUAAAAAGGAUCAGAACAGGAUACUAUGAAAAAUUGUACCCCCACAGAUUUGAGAGCCUAGAGGAAAUGCACAAAUUUCUAGAAACAUACUACCUACCUAAACUAACACAAGCUGAGAUAGAAAAUCUGAACAGGCUCAUACAAGAAAAGAGAUUGAAGAGGUAAUAAAAAACUCCCAACAAAAAAAGCCCUGGUCCAAACGGCUUCACUGGAGAAUUCUACCAAACAUUCAGAGAAGAGCUCACAUUAGUACUAGUGAAACUAUUUCAGAACAUAGAAAACGAAGAAAUACUCCUGAAUUCAUUCUAUGAAGCCAGCAUAACCCUGAUACCAAAACCAGGCAACGACACCACAAAAAAAAAAAAAAAGGAAAAUUACAGACCAA